GUCAAAUUUGACAAUUCUUUGACAUUACCACGUGAAGUGAAAUAGCCGAUGAAAUUGCUGUAGAUAUCCAAGAAUUUCAUCACAGCAUUUAAUUAAAAAGUUUAAAAAGUCAUUUACCCUUUGCUAACUUCAUUAUUGGUUAGUCAGAAGUAAAUACGUAAAGAAGUAGUCCAAUUGGAAGAAAGUGUAAAAUUAAAUAGAGUAAACAAAAAUGGCAUUACGCGUGCAAUUUGAGAACAAUGAUGAUAUCGGCGUUUUCAGCAAACUUACAAACGCAUAUUGCCUAGUCGCCAUCGGCGGUUCUGAGGCUUUCUACAGUGUGUACGAAUCGGAAUUGUUAGAGGCCAUACCGGUGGUACAUGCAAGUAUCGGCGGCUGUCGUAUCAUUGGCCGUCUCACAGUAGGCAAUCGUAAUGGUCUACUUGUGCCACAUUCCACAACCGAUGUGGAGCUACAACAUCUGCGCAACACAUUACCGGAUACGGUGAAAAUACAACGUGUAGAAGAACGUCUAUCGGCUUUGGGUAAUGUCAUUGCCUGCAACGAUUAUGUAGCAUUAGUACAUCCCGAUCUAGACAAGGAAACUGAAGAAAUCAUCGGUGAUGUACUCAAAGUGGAAGUAUUUCGACAAACAAUAGCUGAUAAUCCAUUAGUAGGUUCAUAUGCAGUGCUCAGCAAUCAAGGCGGUAUGGUACAUCCCAAGACUAGUAUACAAGAUCAAGAUGAGUUAUCAUCACUUUUACAAGUGCCAUUAGUGGCAGGUACAGUAAAUCGGGGCAGUGAUGUAUUGGCUGCCGGUAUGGUUGUCAAUGAUUGGAUAUCAUUUGUGGGCAUGAGUUCAACUGCCACAGAGAUGUCGGUUAUAGAGAGCGUAUUCAAAUUGAAUCAAGCUCAACCGAGCACAGUUACAACUAAAUUGCGUGCGGCGCUUAUUGAAGAGAUGUCCUAAAACUAACAUGCAUAUUC